UAGCAGCUCAAUUUUAUGUUAGCUAGAAGCCUAGAUAUGUAGGGUUCACUUCCAGUCAUCCUUAGUUUUAGAAUGUAUAGCAGCAUCAAUUGCGAACAAGCAGCUUUGAAGAUGACUACGACAACCGCGCUUGUUCUUUUAGCUGCUGUAACAAUCAGCUCUGCAGUACCCAUUGAUGUAUACGGUGGAGUCUUUGGAGUAGACAAGGGACCUUUCUUCGGAAAGAAAGACUAUUUAAGGACAGUUUUGGGUGGAGACUUGGGCUUCAGACAGUUCGGCAAGUGGAACGACAUCAACGACAUCUACAGCACUAUCGGAGAUGAAUUCCGAAAAGGGGUUUACGACGAAGUUGUGCCUGAGGUCAUGAGAAAAUUAGUUGGAACUGGUGACCUCUAUGAUACCCUCAAGAAGCACCAAGUCGGCGACCUCCUGGACCUGAACGACAAACACACUUUGCAGCAGGUCCACCUCAUGCAAGGCCAAAGACUGCUUCGCGACAUCAAGACUGAACAACUGGCUCAGAUACUUGAGGACAAAGAGAUUCUGAACCGCUUAGACCUCACCAAGCAGGUGGAGAUUAAGAGGCAAUUGGAGAAACUUGAUUUGCUCCAAUGGCUGCAGAAGAUGCAGUUGGACCAAGUUCACACCAUUGACGAUGCAAAAAUGACUGUAUAUGGGUACCCUGAAGCCUACUUUACCAAAACAAUGAAGGGAAUCUACGGUGUUGGUCCAUUCAUCACAGGCUUUGGAUUUGGAGGCUUCAACAAAGGCAUUGGCUUCACUGGCAUGAACCCCUUUUUCGGAAUCCGUGGAGGAGUUUUCUAAGACUACCCGCUACUACUCUUUUUUGUUAUUAUAUUGUUAAAUAGUUGUUGACUGUUUAGAUUUUUUUGAAAUAAAGCAAUGUCUUAUUAA